AUGAGUAAUACAGAAUCUGGUAUGGAUCGUCGUCGAGAUAUUAAAGAAUUAGUGAAAAAGUUUGAACAAAAAUGUAUUGAUUAUCUUAGUAAACAAAUGGCUAAACUUGAAACAGACAUCAGUUUUUCGUCCUUAUCGGAAGAAGACAAAUUGAUAGUCUAUCAACAUUUUUAUAAUCAAUAUAAACAAUGUCAAAAACAACAAAAAGAAUUAAAUCUAUUUGUCAAUGGAAAAUUAAAAUUAAUUGAUAAUAUAAAUGAACAGUCAAAAAACAUAGAUAAUUUACAAAAUCGAAUUCAAAAUGCACAACAGAAUGAAGAGAAACAAAUUCAAUUCUAUGAAAAUGUUUUAUUUGAACUAAAUAAAAGUCUAAAUGAGAGAAAUUAUGCUAAACUCAUCGAACAAACUGAAGAACUUAUUCAGAUAAAAGAUAAAACUUUGCAACAAAGUAAAGAAAAUGUAGACAGUUUUAAAAGGUUAUUAUAA